AACCGACCGACCCGCUCGCGCUCCGACCGGAGCUGUUAGCCGAGCUAAGCUAACCGAUCUGACUGAGCCGAACUCCACUCACGAACCGAGCCGUUAUCAGACAGCCGGUUCCGUCUCACGGCGGACACCCGAACCGACACCAAGCUGACCCAGUGAGGUAGCACUGUCCGGGCUCAGAGCAGCCGAACACAGAGCAGAGGUCCGACAGGUUCGGUUUGUCUGAGCAUGAAGACAAACAGGUGGAGCCCGGCCCACGGUUCGGUGCGGCCGGGCUCCACCUGCGGACGGGGUGUUCCGAUCCAAAGAGUCCGGAUCCUCCACCUGAUCGAACCUCCAGGUGUCCGUCUGACCCGUCUGCGCAUGUCUGUCUGCGCUUAAAGACUAAACCUCAAGAUUAUGAAUGGAGUCCGGUCCGGUCCAGCUGGGCUCGGACUCACCUGAGGUGGUUCAGAUCAAACUGGAGCCGGACGGCGACGUGGAGAUUCAGUCGUAUCCCGUCCUCAGGAAGCUGUCCGUCAAACUGACUGAUUGCAGGCUGUGGCUGGAGGGGCGGGACUUCCUGUCUGUUGACAACCACCCUCAGCUGUGGAACCAGAGGCCGAGGCAGUACAACACCACCAACACGGGCAGGAAGAUGGUCUACUGCUCCGAGUGUAACAAAGGUUUCUAUAAGAUGUCUCACCUGGAGGCUCACCUGAGAACACAUCAAGGACAGAAACCCAACCAGUGCUGGCAGUGCGGGAAGACCUACCCGACCCUGAUGAGUCUUGUCGUCCACCAGCAGAUCCACGACCGCAAAGAGCCCUACCAGUGCUCAUACUGCGACAAAACGUUUGCCCUGAAGAGGGACUGGAAGACACACCACCGGACUCACUCCGGGACCAAACCCUUCAAGUGCUGGUUCUGCGGGGACGGCUUCAGUGAGCAGGACGAGCUGACUGAUCAUCUGGAGGUGCACAAGGGGGAGAAGUGCUACCACUGCAGGGUCUGCGACAAGAUGUUUGUGUCGUACCAGGGCUUCAACUUCCACCGCAAGUCGCACAGGAACCAGAAGCUGCUGCCCUGCCUGAAGUGCAAGAAGACCUUCAGCAACCCUCAGAGCCUGAAGCUCCACCAGGUGACCCACUCCAACAAGAAGCCGCAUAAAUGCCCCAUCUGCGGCAAAGGCUUCAAGUUGCUGAGCGGCCUGCGCUGCCACCAACGGACCCACGAGGACCUGAAGGACUACCACUGCACUGAGUGCGGCAAGUGCUUCUCCAGCCUGCAGGGCCUGAAGCUGCACAACCGCACGCACACCGGCCUGAAGCCCUACAAGUGCACCGAGUGCGGGAAGAGGUUCACCCAGUCGCCACACCUCAAGUCUCACAUGGUGACGCACACUGGAGAGCGACCUUUCCUCUGCACCACCUGCGGGAAGCGGUUCACCCAGUCGUCCCACCUGAGAUCUCACAUCACGCUGUUCCACGUGGGCGAGAAACCGUUCACCUGCGACGACUGCGGGAAGAGCUUUACCAUCGCUCACUACCUGAAGAUGCACCGGCUGAGCCACACCAAGGAGAAGCUGUACCAGUGCUCGUACUGCGAGAAGUCCUUCUCCUACCACAACUCGUGGAGGGCGCACGAGAGGAUCCACACCGGCGAGCGGCCGUUCAGCUGCCAGGACUGCGGCCAGAGCUUCAUCACGUCGGGGUCGCUGCUGAGCCACCAGCGGUCCAAACACACCGGAGAGAAGAGCCACUACUGCAUCACCUGCGGCGAGUUCUUCUUCACGAGCUCGCUGCUGCGCGUCCACCAGCUCGACCACACCGGCGAGCGGCCACAUGCCUGCAGCUGCGGCAAGACGUUUAAAACCAAAGGAGUGCUGCGGUACCACCUGAAGAGGUUCACCGAGCACCAGCCCGCCAACUGAGCCGCUGCAUGGA